CUAAGAGUUCCUGCACAACCUGCACCGAUGACAAUCUUCAGUGUCUGUCCAGCGAUCCACGGUGCAGCAUCCAAGAGACGGGUUACAUUAGCAUAGUUGAAGUGAAACAUUACGUCUACUACCAGUGUCGAGUAUGAUCGAGUACCAAGAGCUAUCGGAGAGGCUUGGGCUCUCCGAGAAAUACAUAACUGACUCGAAUAACAACAGUGAUUCCCCUGAAAAAAAACUAAGUGGUGACAAAUACUCCCUUCGUCCAAGAUCCUCCCGGAAAAGAACUCUAGCAGAAGACCCAGAUGAGAUCGUCACCAUUCCUAGUAAAUCGAGAAAAUCUGGAUCGUCUAGACCCAAACAAAAACCUGCACCCCUUUCCAAAUACCGAAGAAAAACUGCAAACGCUAGAGAACGUAGCAGGAUGAGGGAGAUAAACCAAGCUUUCGAAACACUUAGGAAAGCAGUACCUCAGAUGUCGACUACUCCAGAAACCAACGAAAAAUUGACGAAGAUAACCACUCUUCGUUUGGCGAUGAAGUACAUAUCAGCCCUUAGGAGUGCUCUGGAUGAAAAUGACACUUCGAGUAAUCAGGAUCUGUUGUCGGAUUGUAGUGAGUUGGACUCUUUGUUUUUGGAUUCGGAUGGUGAAUCUAGACCGUUGAAUAGUGAUUUUUCUGACCAUUCCCUGACGCCUGUUGAACUGACUAGUGAUUUUGGUGAAAGUUCGUUUUCUUCGCUUGACUUUUCCUCGCCGUUUUCCCCGAAUUUCCCUCAAGAUCUCAUAGAAUUUGAUCCUUUUUUGUCGGGGUUAAGUUAGCGACUGUUGAUUUUUUAAAGAUAUAUAGUGUAUAUAGUUAUAUGAAUUCGUGUAUAAUGUUCCAUGUAAUAAAUUAUUUAUUUAUCAA